UUAUUAAGUACUUAUUUUAUUGUAAAUUCUGGUCUUUAACCAAUAAUCCUCUUACAUAAUUUGAGUUAUUAUAUAAAAUUACAAAAAUUAUUAUUUUUUGGUAAUAUGCAAAUGUAUAGCAGCAUUCCCAUUAUUCAUUUAUGAACAUUCUUUGUGUCUGUAAUAAAUAAUUUAUUAACAUUCUCUGGUUGGACCUUCUCCAUAAUCUACACGUUCUUGUAAUCUACAUUCUCUGAUUUAUAAAGUAGUAUUUAACAAAACAUCGUCCCUCGAUAAAUCUGGCAGUUACGAAUUUCGCUGUCUAGUUGGUUCUGGCAAUUUUCGUCGAUUCGAUUUUGUUCAACCGUCCGUGUUCGUCACAAUAGAAUAAUUUCAAUAACAAAGUGUGGCAACAUAAACAUAAACGUCAAAAGUCGAACAAAAGAAUACUUUUAAUCACAGAUUAUAUCAAGUGUUUAAUUUUAAAUAAAAUUAGUCAGUCAUUUACACUUUAAUUAAUCCACUAAGAGAGGUUACAGGAAUAAUUCAAGUAAAACAUGAUGCCCGCUGCAGAAGAGGCACAGAUUUCAAAGUUAUUAUCCAGGUAUAAAAACGUUAGUGCUACCAAAAAAGAUGUUAUUGACGUAAUUACCACGUAUCGCUCCUUGUCAUAUAAUUUACAAAAAUUCGUUUUCAACGACGGAAGUAAUAAAGAGCUUUUCAAUUUGUCUGGAACCAUACCUGUUGUAUAUAAAAAUAACACUUACUACAUUCCAAUAUGCAUAUGGUUAAUGGAUACACAUCCUCAAAAUGCACCAAUGUGCUUUGUAAAACCGACCCCAACAAUGCAAAUUAAGGUAUCAAUGUAUGUGGACCAUAAUGGAAAGAUUUAUUUGCCAUAUUUACACGAUUGGCAACCGCAUACAUCGGAUUUACUCUCUCUCAUACAAGUAAUGAUUCUGACGUUUGGUGAUCACCCACCAGUUUUUUCCAAACCUAAGCAUCAGCAGCCAAGUCAGUAUAUAGGGUUACCUUUACCUACAGCUGGCGCUGGUAGCGGAGGCACAUUCCCUCCUUAUCCGCCAGCAAAUAAUUUUGGAAUAUAUCCACCAUAUCCUACCGGAGGUAAUUCCUCUGUGGCUAAUCCUAGUACAAGUGCAGGAGGUUACCCACCGUAUAUGAAUUAUCCACAAGUUCCUGGUUAUAAUUCUGGAUUUAAUUCUUCUACACCAAGUUCCACUGGCACCAUAACGGAGGAGCAUAUUAAAGCAUCUCUUAUCAGUGCAGUGGAAGACAAACUACGACGUCGCCUACAAGAAAAAGUUAAUCAAUAUCAAGCUGAAAUUGAAACACUCAAUCGUACCAAGCAGGAAUUGGUAGAGGGAAGCUCAAAAAUUGAUAACGUUAUUGCACGACUUAUCAGAGAGGAAGUGGAACUUAAGAAAAAUGUAAACAUUUUGCGAGACAAGAAAGAAGAACUUGAAAAAAGUUUAGAUGCAUUAGAGAAGUCUGAAGGUAUAGACCCAGACGAAGCCGUUACAACAACCGCGCCUCUAUAUAGACAAUUACUCAAUGCAUAUGCUGAAGAAGCGGCUCUUGAGGAUGCAAUUUACUAUUUGGGUGAAGCCUUACGAAGUGGAGUUAUUGACUUGGAAACAUUCUUAAAGCAUGUACGUCAAUUAUCUCGUAAACAAUUUAUGCUUCGAGCUAUUAUGCAGAAAUGUAGGCAAAAAGCUGGAUUAGCGGGAUAAAUAACACAAUGUCGUAGUGAAGUAAAUCAAAUAAUGGAAAUUGAAUUUUGUUCCACUAACGUUGGAAUCACUGAACAAAAAAAGUAAAUAUAUUUAUUUUUAUGUAUGUACUCCAAUAAAAAGUUUGAAAGAUUCAUUAAUUAUAAUCAAAAAAUAUCUGAAAUUGAAUAUAACAAGUCUCAUACACAUAUGUAUAUCCAUUAUUACGGAUUAGUCAGCUGGAAAUCAGUGAUACUAAAUCUCCCACUUGCAACAAUUUAGCACAUCUUUCUAUUACUUUGUAAUAUAACAAGUAUAAAUUAUAUUAAAGUUUUGGUUACACAAAAAGCAA